AUGGGAAAACGGCGCAACAAAAACAAAGCUGGUCGGGAAGACUAUGCUAAUCGCUUCUCAAAUUUACGUUCUAAAGCGACAGAAAUUAUUACUAGUGAUGACGAUGACACCGAAUCAAAUACUGCAGGUGUAUCACAUGAUAAUGAUAUAUGUAUUUCAGAUGUUUUUCCUCGUGAUGCUUUUUCAGACAACGAAGAUUUGAAUGACGUUGCGAUUCCUUUCGAUCGUCUGGGUGAAUUUCUUGAUAGUGCAAUUCGUAAUAGCUUAAAUUCAUGCAUUUUCUUUAAUUUUCAAUUUCUUUUCAAAUUUUAUUUUUUCAGUGCAGCUGUUCGUUUAUCUGCGUUACUUAGUAUCAAAAAAUUAUUGACCGAACAGUAUAUAGCUAUGCACCUCGAAAAGUGGUCCCUCACCUUAAUAGACGUAAUUGACAGUGCCUUGCGUAGAAGUGAUGAAGAAGCAGUAGUCGCUGCAUCCAUCGUUUCUGUUAUAUCUAUCCAGUUAGGUGAAGAAGUUGCUGAUACAAUAGAAACAAUUGUUAGCCUUCUAUGCCAAUUAUGCACGGAUCCAGGACGUAAUGUCCAAUUGCGUAUUGAGUGUGCCCUAUCAUUUGCACUUUGCACUCUGUUGUCUCUGCAGCAUGCGUCGUCAUUAUCUAGAUGCAUCAGUGCAUUAAGAUCAAUUUGGUUUAAUACUAAAAUGAACACUAGUUCCGUGAAGCUGUUUUGUGCAGCCUUAUCAGGAUGGACUCUCUUAGUUUUCCAGGGAGGGCGAGAAAUAUUAAAAAAUGCUUUAUUGGAUGAACCAAAAUUAUCUACAUUUGUGAAUGGAGCGCAACUGCAAAUGAGAAUAUGUGCCGCUGAAUCAUUAGCAAUUUUACAUGAAGCUGCAGUCACAGUGUAUGGUCCUGAAUACCAAUUCCCUAAUCAGCAGCAUCUUUUGGACAUAUUUGCUAAUUUAUCAACCAACUCUCUGAAAUUCCGAGCGAAAAAGGAUCGAAGAAUUCAAAGAUCCACUUUUAGGCAGAUUUAUAUUUCUAUUAAGGAUCAAGAAAUGCCAGUAUUUGACGUGAAAUUUUGCCAUGAAACAUUGGUUAUAGACUCAUUCGGGAAAAAGCUUCUGUACCAACUUAUAUGUGACGUUUUACACGGUAGUAUUAAUAUUCAUCUGAAAAUGAACUCGACUCUAAGAGAAUGGUUUGAUCUAGGACCAGUAAUUAUAGAAAUUCCAGUAAAAAUGAAAAAACCGCAGAAGAUUGCCAUACAAAAUGCGAUUAAUAAAACUAGGGAUAUUUCGCGCUCAAAGCAAAGGGAUAAACGUACAUCUUAA